UCAUUUCAUGAAAAAUAUUACUCUAUUGGCGUAAAUGCGUCUACACGUUUAAUGCAUUAUUAAACACGUGAAAGCCAGACCUUGUUCUCAGCGCACUUCUGGGGAUAAUCCAUAUUUUGGAGUGAGUUGCUUGCUAGCUGCGGCUUCUUUAAGAGACCCCUCCCCGCCCCUCUCUGUAUUUUUAGCUGAGCCAGCCACUUCAUUUGCUGGAUAGGACAGUACGCCCGUGUGAUCUCUUCUCAUCGUUUGAUAAAUGACAUCGAGUGUAACGCUCGCGGACUGGCCAAGGGCCUACACAGCCAGCGGCUCCGUGGACAUGUGGGCAGGUUAAGGACCUUUGUCGGAUGUCGCGUCCCAGCCUGUGGAUGCUCGCUGGUCCGUGAUGAGACGCAAUGCUGCAUGCACUGGACGCAUUUCAUUUUGACACUAAGUAAAUCCUCGUUUUAUUUUUUAAGAGCCCACACUGCUGCCUUCCCGUCUUCUCUUGGGUUGUGGGUCAGAGGAAGGCUUCAAGACGGAGGGGGUGGUGGAGCAUCGAGGAAAAAACAGGGGUAAUAUGAGGGAGCGGGACUUCAUGCCCAAUAUGGAGAGGGGCAAACCUGCUACUUAUACGGGGGACAAAAAGGCUAAGAUGGCUGCUAAGACCAACAAGAAGUGGGUGAGACUCGCCACGGUCUUUGCUUAUGUAUUGUCCGUGUCCUUAGCAGCCAUCAUCCUGGCUAUUUACUACAGCCUCAUCUGGAAGCCCACCAGCGCAUCCUCAAACGCAUCGGCUGCAAAGCCGGGGGUCACGGCUCCUCCGGCGAACCUCGCCGCGAACGUGUCCGAGUGGAACUCCACGCAGUUGCCAGUCAACCACACCGCCGGGCAGGGCUCGACGACGCACGCCCGGGCUUUUCAGUGGGAUUACACUGAGGAGAGCGACGAUAUGGCGGGUGGACUUUACGCAUCGACCCGCGGAGCCACGCAGAGAUCGGCGAGUGUGGACAGGGAGACGCGAGUGGAGGAGGAGGAGGAGGAGGAGGAAGACGCGCUCAGGCCAGGAGAAAGAGCAGAAAGAGAUCGGGAUCAGGAGACUGGGCACCACUAGGGAAGUUACUCCAUGCAUGUUCCAACAGGCCUGCUUGCUGCUAAACAACCCAGGCCACCCUGCUAAAUAUUACUCGUCAAAGGACUGCCUUCAUGAAGAGCAAUGUGAGAGGCCAGUUUCUGAGGUGACAAGUCGAGACCUCCAAUCGGACACUGCAGCCAGUCAUCCUACGCAACGAGCUGAGAUAUGACAUUUAUAUAUAUAUAUACCCUUUUGCUCGUCCGUGUGACCUGAAUGCAUGUAAUUGGAGAAUCGGGAAACAUCAAAAUAAUUCAUUCAUCCAUUAUCUGAAACGCUUUAUCCUCACGAGAGCCGCAGGUGUGCCGAAGCCCAUCCCACCUGAUGUCGGGCAGUGGGCGGGGUACAACACUGGUGACAAGCUAAUCGCAGGGCACACAUAGAAAAAAAAAGAGUGAAUGUGAAUGUUUUUAUCAUACUCACAAUCACACUCAAGGAGAAUUCAGAGUGUUCAAUUAACCUACCGUGCAUGAUUUUAUUAUUUUUUUUACCGUGCAUAGAUCCAUCCAUCUAUCUGUCAUCAUGGUUCCACAUCAACGUGCCCAUUGAACAUGACUGAAAAGAGUCUUAUCAAUGCAGCCAUCGACUGCAAUCAAAUCGAGGAGGGUCACGGUGGGAAUGAAGAGCCAACACUGCAUCCAAGUGGAUCAAGAGCGCCAACGCAGGGAAGACCUGAUUGCAAAUUCCCACUGCAAUAUGUCAUCAGAACAGUUUGGGGGGGGACAAGUCAAUUCCCCGAAAAGAGGAGGGAAAUUGUGUACGCAUUUCUGAAAGCAGACUGCUCUGGUGCAAAUAUUACAGGUGCUCUAAUGAACUCUGAGUGGUGGUCUCAUAUGCCCGCGCAGAUUUUUCACUUUGCUCUCAUCAUAAAUCCACUGACAGCAACACAAAAACACCUUUCCACCUUUCCUUUCUUCUUUGUUGUCUGUCCUGCCUCACACUCCUUCUUCCUUUCUGACCCUUUGCUGGCACCUUUCCAGACCUCUCGUUUUGGUUGCAUAAUGAGCCUUUUCAUGACGAGAAAGCAGUUGAAUGUUAAUGAGAUGAAAUCGGCCUUUUCAGCGGGCGAUGAAAAAUGCAACACAAUCGUGGUGGAGGAGAGCAGACCACUUAGGAAUAGAGAAAUACGAGGCUGGGAGCAGACAUACUUUCUCCCCUCGCACCUCUCCAUUGUCACUCUCAGUGUGUGUGAACAGAUAGCAGUUGUCAGGCUUCAAGCCAUUACAAAGUGCCAGAUAGCCACACCCCUUUCUCAGUCCCAGUUCAUUUCCAAGCACGAACAACUCGAAAAAAUGUGCGAUUAAUCUUUUCAAAUCUAUUCAAACAAGAAAGAGGAGUCCUAUUAUUCCCCAUGUAUAAGAGCAUUUUUCUUUGUGCACAAAGUACAGUGCAUUACUGUUUAUGGCACUGGUUAAGAAACAGGAUACUUGGGAGUCACAGAUGACUGGUGCGCUGGAGCGCAGGCUAUUAUUCAAGUGCAGAUUCAGUGCAGGAGAUAUAUAACGUGACAGAAAAAGAGAACAGCAUGUUCCGCACACCGGUUUAGUGAGCAUAACGUCAACUUGCUCUACCCCUAUUUUAGUGCCGCCUCCCAAGACGUCGCUUGCGGCAACGAGGAUCAGCUGUCUGUGCGUCAGCUUAUUGACGAUCCGGCGUCUGCGGGCGCACGUGAAACGGAACAGCUGUCUGAAUGUUUUUGUUUCACAUUCAGGUGGCAUAAGGUCAUUGAUAGUGUGGCAUUUCAUACCCCAGCUGAAGGAGGCUACUUCAUGCGCAUGUGUGUCUCAGCCCAUUCACGUUAAACAUGUGCUGGAGAGGAAAACAAAUUGUAUCUGAUGUGACAUCUCAACAUGUCAACUCAUCAAGAACAAGGCCUUCCUUGCAUGAGAUAGAUCUCAAGGGCUUGGGUUAAUAUCAUAACCUGUUCCA